AAGACAAUAUGGCGGUGGAGAAAUGAAAAAUUGCGAUAUAAACUGCUCACGUAACACUAUUUGAAGAUGACUCAGAGCGAUAAGGAUAGGAAAGCAGAAACAUUACGAGCUGCCUUUAAAGACCGAGUUGAUAAAGAGGCACAUGCCUUUCAUCUUGUGGAGAAAAUGGUUUUGUUAGAUUCUGUUGACGUGGAAUUUUUUCUCAAUUCUGGCAGAUAUAUCACUAUUUCACAAUACAAUGAUGUGACAGAAGAAAGAGCAAUAACAAAACUCUGUGGAUAUCCUCUGUGUAGUAAUCAACUCACACAGGUGUUGAAGCAAAAAUACAAGAUUUCUUUGAGGGAGAAGAAGGUCUAUGACAUAACUGAAAGAAAGAAUUUUUGCAGCAACAAAUGUUACAAAGCAUCAAAAUAUUUUCAAUCUCAACUUUCUGCAGAACCUGUUUGGAUGAGGGACAAAAACAAGUCACUUCAAUUAAAAAUACUUGAUGAUGUUGAAGCGAUGGAAAAGAAAUUCUCAGGUUAUGGAGAGGAAGUGGUCAUGAAUGUACAAAAAAAUGAUGAGGAGAAAGAUGCCAAUGAUGAAUAUGAAGAUGUUUCUAAUUAUCACAAAUAUGAUAUUGAUGACAUACAUGAGAAUAUUAAAUUUGAUAAUGAUAUUGAUUCAGGUUGUAUAGUUGAACGUUUUGGAAAUGUUAAAAUUGAUCUGGAUAUUGAUGUAUCUGAUUCCGAUGAUGAUAGCGAUAAAAGCGAUUAUGAUGUGGAUAAAAUUGCUGAUCACCAGCAUCGUAAAGAAAAGGAGAAAAGGUUUAGCACAGACAAAAGUGCACCGGAGUCGGGGAAGUAUGUUUCUGAUCAUUUUAAAAGUGCAAAAAUGCAAAUGCCUUUAUCGGAAAACGAGGGCCAAAUCUUAAAAAACACAAAUUCAAAGGACGAAUCCCCAAAUCAAGCGGAAAGCAAUACAUCAAAAUUGUAUGAAGAGAAAAAGACAAAAGUUUUGUUUAACACAAGCUCUAAUCCUAAAUAUUCUCACCCACAAACCUCAAGCCUGGACGAAAAAUGUAAAAAGAAUAAUUUGACAAAGAAAAGCAUUUGCACUAGUGAGUUCGGUGCAGAACUAACGAAUGAGAAUGAUGGACUUUCAGCAAAUGCUUCGGUCUUCACAGAAAGCAGUGAAGCCUCAGAGAAAGCAAAGGACUGUGUUGAUAAAAUAUACAGCGUAUUAGUAGAAUGGUGCAGCACAGAAAGUAGAAAAUAUUUACAAAAAUCUGAUCGUGACCAGAAAAAUACAUCCGAUGAAUUCAAGUGUAAAAGUGGUGAAGAAAGUAUGAUUCUACCCCCAAUUGAUUCCAAAAGCAAACACGCUAUACGUGGAAAGAUUGUUUCAGAAAAACUUACAAAGGCAAUGUUUCCGAUGCUUUCCAAGCUUAGUUUGACAAUGGCAGAUAUAUCAUUUCAACUGACUUGUUUGCUCAAGACAUUCAGUUUCACCAACAUUAACAUUGUUUUGAGUCCCUCGGAAUGGAACUUGGUUGCAAUGAUUUUACUUUUAAUAUUAGCUAAGAAAAGCCCCUCGUUGAAUGAACCUUUAUCACCUCGGCAAAAAGACAUUUCCUCGUUGCUAAGUACUACAGUUGACAAAGAAGAUGUUGAUCGUUUACUGAGCGUGUUUGAUUUUGAAAGCUGUUUGGAAACUGCGGCAGAUGAUGACGGAAAGAAAUUUGACAUGGAGGAACUAGACUAACAUGGUUUUUGACAAUCAUGUUAAGAUGAUUAGUAUAGAUCCCACUUUAACUAAAUGAAAGAAAAGUUGUAUCUAAA